ACCACCCCCUCCUAAACCCCCAUCUCAUUCUCCAUAUACUCCACCCACAAAACUUUUCUUUGCGCUCUCUGGUCUUAUUCUGGAAACUUCACAACCACCUUCAGCAACGUCCAGUGCAGUUCUGUAGAGAGCGCCGGGAAAUAACAUUGCUGUGUCAGGAUGCAGACUGUUUCCAUUCGCCCGCUGCUGGGAUGCCUUGUGUGUGUUGCUGUGCUCCUCUUGGACUUAGGAACGUGUACUGCAGCACAACCAGAGCUGAGGAUAACAACAAUAAAGCAAGAUCCCUACACGAUGUCCAAGGGCUCUCAGCUGGAAGGCUACUGCAUGGACCUGCUCUCUGAGCUGGCCAAAAAGAUGGGCUUCAGGUUCAAAGUGCACCUGGUGAAGGACGCAUCUUAUGGUCGACAGGACGAGAGUGGGAACUGGAACGGGAUGAUCGGAGAGGUGGUUAGAGGUGAGGCAGAUCUGGCGGUGGCCCCUCUGACUCUGACAGCUACUCGGGAGAAGGCGGUCGCCAUGACCAAACCCUACAUGCAGACGGGCAUCAGCAUCCUGCUGCGGAAAGACGUCUCAGAGUCUGUCUCUUUCUUCGAUUUCCUCAGCCCUUUCUCAGCCCAGACCUGGAUCGGCAUCCUCCUGGCCUACCUAGGAACGGCCUUCUGCAUCUUCUUGUCCGCCAGACUCAGCCCUUGCGAGUGGAGGUCAGGGGAGGAGAACAACUUCAGCCUGCUCAACAGCUUGUGGUUCGCAGCUGGAGCUCUCACCCUGCAAGGCGCGGGCCCUCACCCCAAGGCUCUCUCUGUGAGGAUUGUCUGCUGCAGCUGGUGGCUGUUUGCUGUGGUGCUGCUGGCCUGCUAUUUCGCCAACCUGAGCUCCUCCAAGGCCUCAGAGUCCUCCCAGGUGACGGUGAAAGGAUUCGAAGACCUGGCCAAUCAGGACGGGAUGGAGUACGGCUGCCUGGCCGGCUCCUCCACCCUUGCCUUCUUCAAAAAUUCCAACAACCCAGCCUACCGCAGAAUCUUCGAGCACAUGGAGAGGGCCAAUAGUUUUGUGGCGUCUAUGGACGAGGGCGUCCGUCGGGCUAGGGAGGGGAACUUUGCGUUCAUUGGAGAGUCUGUGUCGCUGGACCUGGCGGUGGCUCGCCACUGUAACUUGGUCAGAGCGCAUGAGGUCAUCGGAAUGAGAGGGUACAGCAUCGUAGCCCCAAUAGGCUCGCCUAUGAUAAAGAACCUCAGCGUAGCCAUCCUGCAGCUGAGUGAGGCUGGGGAGCUGUCCUACCUGCGCAGCAAGUGGUGGGCCAGCAGCUGCCUGGCGGACUCAGCCAGGUCCGCCGCCCUCCAGCCCCACAGCCUGAAGGGCAUGUUCCUGGUGCUGGCCCUGGGGCUGCUGCUGGGCAUAGUGCUGGCUGUCUUUGAGCUCACCUCCAGGAGCCGCAGCACCGCCGGCGAUCAGAGGAAAUCGUGCUGUACUGUUCUGGCUGAAGAACUGAGUCAACGCUUGAAGACCCCUAACACAAACACAUCUCAGGAGCCCUCGGACAAAGAGAGCGCAUAAGUUCACGUCAGUGUUCCUGAGGCCUGACCUCACUCAAGAAGCCUGGACUGGUCGCUUUUAAGCGCACUGGAAUAAUAGCUGCAAUGUUGUCAGCGUGCUGGAUAACAUUGCUUUGGAAUUGGUGUUCAUCAAUUGUAGAAUCUAAUUCAAUAUUAAUAUAUUAUUUUAGGUGUUUUGUGCAGAAUGUAUUGCUAAUUAAUAGCAAACCUGUUGAAGGACAUAAUGGCAAGCAUGUUAUAUAUAACGUUUAUUAAUUCUUAAGCAUCAGCUUUGCUGAAUAAGCACUUUCACAUAUAUCAUUAUAUCAAUAUAUUGUUAGAAAAAUAUGCUGAAUUGAAUGUACACCUCAGACAUUCAAGAUAAAUUAAAAAGUAUACCUAUAACUACAUUCUAACCCUUUCAAUAGAAAUGUAUGCCCAUGCACUAUGCAUUUUAUCUAUAUGGUGGCUUUGUACAGUUGGCAAUAGCAUCUCAUAACUGUUAUAUACAAACAUACAAAAUAUGCUGCCUCAUCAUAAGGUAUAUAAAAUAGAACUUAAAUUGAUAAUAGUUUUAACCAUAAUGAAGCAAGACUAAUUAUUUAAUCCCGUAUCCUUUGCUAAACUAAACAUUAAAGUUGUACUCAGUCUGUAUGCAACAAUGCUUAGCUUGUUAAGCAAUGCAAAAAAAGCUAUUUUAUUUUAUCUUUUAUCAUUGUAUUGUAUUCCCCUUGAAAGCCUAAUGAUCUUUGAUGACUGUAGUCAGUAUUAGGAAAUGUGGAACUGUCUAAUAAAUAACAGAAAAUGAAAAAAAA